UUCCAUUUUAUAAACUUGAUUGCGCAUGCGGUAUAUGAACAAUGGCGGCUGCAAUGGAUGUGGAUGACAGUGGAGCAGACGGAGACCUUGAAGUUCCUGCGGGGUCCGGCGAAAAGGGGAGCAAGAAACGAUUUGAAGUUAAAAAAUGGAAUGCUGUUGCAUUGUGGGCGUGGGAUAUUGUAGUGGACAAUUGUGCUAUCUGCAGAAAUCACAUCAUGGACCUCUGUAUAGAAUGCCAGGCCAAUCAAGCUUCAGCCACAAGUGAAGAAUGCACCGUGGCAUGGGGAGUGUGUAAUCACGCAUUCCACUUCCAUUGUAUAUCUCGAUGGCUGAAAACGCGUCAAGUGUGUCCCUUAGAUAACAGAGAGUGGGAGUUCCAAAAGUACGGCCACUAGAACACAUUCAUCCACAUAUGUACCUGAGUUGCAGGAAGUCUUUUUAUUGUAAAACAAGAACAUUUACUGACAUUUUGUAUAUUGCAUUGUAAAAUAAAUAAAAAUACACUGUACAUGUACAUGCCUUAAAA